UUAUGGGUUUUGAUUGAGAUUUUAAUGAGCAAUAAAGAGUACUUAUUCAUUUUUUUCUGCUUUUAAGGUUUUUUGCUAGCGUUCCUACGGUUACUAUAGGUGUGUGAUAGUACGCUGCUCCUCUAUUACACUUUUAAUUCAUAUUUUGUCCACGUCUGUCGCUAAAGUAGCACGUGUUUUUUACAACGUUUCUAUUAUAAGGUUAGCUAGGAAAAUUGAUAUAAACACUUAUCGUAUUUGUCAUCUUUCAUUAGACAUUAGUUUUUACUGUAUCGGACGUUUGUAACUUACUAAUUGCAAAUGAUAAAAGAAGUGUUCACGGAUAAAACAACAACGUGAAAUUUGAUAUACUUCACUCUGAUAAUGGUUAAUUGCUGAAUUUGAUGUUACGUUAAUAAUCGAUAAAUUCAAUAUAUUGAGUAUAUAUAGAAUAUAUAUAGAUAAUAAAGUAUCUAGUUUUUGUGUUCUACUGCAGAAUAUUUUAAUUAUUCUUCAUCAAUUUCAAAUACCCAAAAAUAGCAUAUAAAAAUGCCAGUUAAGAAAUGGAAGAAGUUAAGUAAAGCACAAGUGAAGUUAGUAAUUAUUAAAAAGAAACAGUUGGAAGUUAUAGCCUUAAAGAUUAUUGAACAACUUCUAGAACCCAUUGUUGAACCACAAUGGCUCCUUCAAAAUUUGCAACAUAUCAACAGAAGUCAUAUGGAAGAUGUAAUUGAAGAAAGAGCAAUAGAGAAACUAUGUGGUUACGUUCUUUGUAAAAAUCCUAUAACGGUAAUAAUUACUCAACAAUUUCAUAUAUCUACAAAAAGGAACAAAGUUUAUGAUGUUACAAAGAGAAAGAAUUUUUGUAGUUCACAUUGUUAUGCAGCAUGUAAUUAUCUUCUCCAACAAAUGCUCACGAGUCCUCUUUGGUUUAGAGACAAAGAAAAAAUACCAGUGUUUCAUUUAUUAUCCUCAAAAACAGAUAUGCUUGGAGAUGAAGUUCUCAUAAGCGAUUCAGAUAUUCCAAAAAAAAAUGAUAAUGAACAUAUAGAAUUUACUGACAAAAGUGAAGAAAAAAAAAUGUUAGAUACAGUAACAAGUGCUUGCAAUCAAUUACCAGAAAGUAAUGACAAAGUAUCAUGUAUUAAAUCAAGUGAAUGUACAGUUCUGGAAAAUACAUCGUCAAAACACUGUGUAUCUAAAUGUAUACGAACAGAGGAUUCUAAUGUGCCUAAUAAUAUAAAAAAUAUAAAUUUGGAAAAUCAUCAAAAUACAAUGACAAAUAAAAAAGCACCUAAUUUAUUUAAAAAUAAUAACUGCUGUAAUGAAAACUUCAAUGAACAGACUGAAAUUGUUCAAAAAUGCUAUGAAAUACCUAUUUUGGGAGAAAAUCUUAAGAUAUUUUCAGAUAAUGAGGAACAUGACAAAAUAGUAGCAAGUAUGUCUAGUAUACAAAUAGUCGAAAGGGAGUAUAAAGAAGAUAUGAAAACUAAUGAAAUUGUAACAAAAAGUGAAAAUAUCUUAGAAGACAACAAAAAAUAUCCUAUUAAAAAUGAAAAAGAUAAAUAUGAAAAUUUACAAAAAAUGAACGAUAAUAAUGUAAAGAAAAAAAAAAAAUCUAACAACUUACAACAGUUGUCGACUAAAUUUUAUACGUUAACAAUGCAUGUUGAGAAGAAUGUUAAAGAAUGGAUUACAGAAAAUACUAUUUCCUUUCUACAAGGAAAUCUAGGUACAAGGUCUGAAUUAAUGAAACAUUUUACCCAACAAGAAAAGUAUUUACAGUUAUGUACAAAAUUAAAUAAAUUAGAACUAAUAGAUAAGAAGGAAAAUCGUAUAGAUUUAUCUAGUAAUACAUUAAAACCAUUACCUGAUUUUUCUACAUUAGAAAAAGAAGCAGAAAAAAUGAAUCUAAAGGUACAUGCGUUUUACAAUGGACGUACGAUAAUAGAUCCUCCUGAGAAAAUUAUAGAAAAUAAAGAACCAAGUGAACCGUCUUAUCUAUUACCUAUAGUAGAUUCAGUUGCACCUAAAGCACUACGUCGUAAGAUCUUUUUGGACAAACUUCAUAAAAUAUUACCAGAUUUGUUGAAUAUGUUAGCUGGAAGUACCAAAUGUAAUUCAGUAAUGGAAUAUAUUUAUGAUAGUAGCCAUUGUAUCUCUGUAAAAGGUUUAGUAAAUACUUUUUCAUUAUCUUCUACAAACAUAGUUUUUAAAACUGCUGAAUGGACUCUUGUAGGACUAAUAAUUAUUAAAAUGUUAAGUAUAAUAAAUCCACCAUUGAAAGCUUUAUUAGCAACGAAACAAGCAUCGAUGAAUAUUUCAAUGAUACUAAUGUCGUAUAAAUUAGAUUCAUAUUAUUUAGAUAGAUUUAUAAUCGAAUUAACAAAUAAUUCAGAAAUAUUUAAAAUUAAAUAAAUAUAGGAGAGGGGGGUUAUAAGGUAAAUGAAUUAAUCUUUUCAAAUAAAUAAGUUGUACGAAAGAUUAGAUAUAAUGAAGACUUCAUAUCGACUAUAAAUUAAAUAAUAAAGCUACACAUAUAUGUAGUUAGUCUUCAUCAUUUUAAUAAAAUGCUUAGAUUGUAUAUUAUUAUCAAUUGAUAAGAAAUACAAGUAAUGCGAUGUUUCAUGAUCAAAU